AUUGGAGUUUGCGCCUUAGAACUAACGUAAGACAACCUGUCGUCAGAUGUUGGCUUUGCGUCAAUGGUAAAGCUAUUUUAAUUUCGAAUUUCGGACGACCCUGAUGUACCCUAUUAAGUAUACAAUAGGGUACACGUUGAUACUUCGUUUCAACAACUGAAAAAUAAUAUAACAAUUCUUUAGAAAAAUUAAAAGUAAUUACGAAGAUGAGUGCAGGCCCAAAAUAUUAUGGAAAAAGAAGGAGCAUUGUUCGUAGAAUUGGUUCAAUGUUGCCAUUGAAACCACCACCAAAAGUAUACGUUAGUGUUACACCUUUACAUUCAAUGACAAGUUCUAUGAUCAAUGAAGAAACUAGUGGUGACUAUGUAGAUACAAACGGAUUUGGACCUGCAAGCAGACUUUCUAAUAUUAGACCAGAUCUAUUGGAACCAAUUAGUUUUGGAUCUGAAAUUAGAUUACUUGCUUUAGAGCAAGAACUUCAAGACCUUAGGGAACAAGUAUCAGCAAUAGUCAAAAGUAAUAAAGAAUCUAGAUAUACAUCUACAGCUUCUUUAGCAAAUGGGACUGAUGAUAUACCAGAGUUACAACAACCACUCCCAGAACUCCCAGAACCACCACCACCACCACCACUACCACCACCAACUCCACAUAUUGCAAGAAGAGCAAGUUUGCAAGAUCAUAAAACUGAUGACCGCAAAAAGGUUUCAUUUAUAUCUCAAGCAUCUAUGACUGAUGUGUUAAAAGAUAUUGAUAAUCUCAAAUUAAGGCCAGUUGCUAGAUCACCUGGAGGACGGCCUCUUCGUAUAAAACGUGACAACAGUCCAUGUAACGAUUUACAAGAAAUACUCAGAAGACGUUAUGUCGCAAUGAAUUCAGCUGAUAGUAGAAAUUCGUCAGCCAAUUUGACGCUGGAUGAUUCUUUUACAAGUGACACGUGAACAUAUUUUGAACAUUUCUCAAUGUGUGAUGUGCAAAACAAAGGUGCCAUAUAAUAUUUUGGAUGUCACUAAUCCGACGAUAAUGUAUCUAAUUGAUAAAUUUAAUUCUGACAUCAAAAUCGUGUGGCAUACAAGAUGUGAUAACAGAUUAUGUAAACUGUAGAACGAAUGUGGCAAAUAUCUUUAAAAUCGUAAUUACUGAUCGUGAUUUUAUAUUGCAAAUUAAUUUUCAAUAAAUAAUAAUCACUUUUUUCAAAGAAUACUGCUAUUAAACUAUAGAAAUAAUAUAUUGUAUAUUUGCACAGAUAAAAAUAUUGGGCUGUAAAUUGAUGAUAUGCUGGAUUGAUUUUGUCUCAUUUUUAUAAAACAAAAUAUUAAUAACUUCUUUUUAACAAACGAUGUUUGAUAUUUUAUUGAAAUCAUAAAGAAAAUUGUUGAAAUGUAUGUACAUUAUAGUACAUUCGUAAGUUGCAUAUAUUUUAAUGAUUUAAACAAUUAUAUACAUACAGAAAUUAAAAAGACAAAUAUUUGGAUUUGAAUUUUGAAUCAGAUCCACAAUUCGUUGUACUUUUAUUUUUAAGAUGUUGUAUUCGACUACUUUAUAAUACUGUUUUAAUAAGUUUUGUUAUGUUAUCAAGUGCAUAAUACAAAUGGAUAUUAUAUUUUUAAACUUUGUACAUUUUUUAAAUGAAAGCAGCAUAAGUUUAAUAAUCAAAAUUAUUACAAUUAUUAUUAUGUACUUAAAUUUUAUAAAAAGAUAAUCAGAACUACGUAAUGUUCAUUGCACAAAUACCAAUAUUUUUUAAUUGCUCGCGAAACAUAAUUUUUAUACCGAUCAACGAACAAUUAUAAAUUAAUUUCUGACUACAUUGCCUAAGUACAUAUGUAUAUAGUAAAUGCAAUUUACAACUCAAUAUUAUGAAUAUUUAUUUUGUAAGUGAGAUACAUAUUUGAGCUCGAAUUUAGCAGGGAAAAGUAGGUUUUCAUUUCAACCUUAAUUUAUAAAAUAAAACUACACUUAAGCAGCGUGAGAUAGAGAGCUACGUUAUUUGAUAUUUUUAUUUCAAAUUAUUUAUCUAUAUAGUUUUCUAGCGAGGCUGUUGUGAUAUUAAAGUAGGUUGAUGACUUUUGUACUUUAGGUCCUGCCAUAGAGAACAGUACACAUAUUCUUAAUUGACAAAGAAAUUAGCACGAGCUUUUAACAUAAAGAACAGACAGUUAAUGGUAUUAUUUGUUCAGUAAAAUUGUUUUUACAAGCAUAUUUCUGUAGAAUCAAUGAUAUCAUUGAUAAUGGUUUAUCAAAUGUAUUUCCAAAAUUGUGAAUGAUUAAAUAAAUAUCUAAUAGUAUGUGCACUGUAGAAGAAAAAAAUCUACGCGAUCUAUGUCUUUUGAUAUCAGGCUCUUAAAAUAUCACUGUGUGAUAAAUUUAUUUAACUUAUGGUUGUUCUUAUAAGGAUCUGAGAAUAACCAUUGUACAAGAUUAUGGUAAUACAAAAUCAAAUUGAAAACUUAAAUAUGUUUUUUUAAGUUCCUCGUAUUCUUUAUAAAAGUGACUUAUAAAAUUAAUUAAUUUCGACUACAUUCUGACACAAAUGUAAGAAAUAUAAUUCUCAGUUUAAUGGGAUGAUAUUGUGGAAAAUUUGUGGAGACUGAAUGUACUCUUUAACAACAUUACAAAUGUACAGAUCUGUUUUAUACACGAAGCUUUUAUCGAUAAUUAAAAAAUAAAUGUUAUUGUUAAACAACAAA